CUUCGCGUAGCUACUCCAGUGCUCGAACGAACUUGCUAUAUUCAACGAUACCGUUGUCGAGAUCCGACUCAGCUCAGCGUAGAACCAGAUCGACCUGUGACCACGAGCGACCCGAAUUUCCCCUCGACACGAAUCGAAAGCACACGACACAAUGGCGCAAACACCACAACAACGACGCGCCAACGCCGCAUAUGCCGCACGCGAGCAAAAGAAGAUGGGGGCUCCCACCGAGAUCCGGGACACAUUGAACGCUGCGAGCCAGAAAGCGAAGCAAAAGGUGGAGAAGGCACCUAUUAGCAAAGGGUGGUUAUACUUGAUGCUGUUCGUUGUAUGCGGAGGGUUGAUCUUUGAGCUUCUGCGAUUGAUUUUCAGCUACUUCUAGACGCGAUCCGCGAGCUGAUCGUACGCUGGAUCGGGUUAAGGAUGUCACGAUUAUAUGCGAGCCAAAUACUUCCUCUGCAACGAUUCGGUCGCACAUUUCAGUGAAAGGCGACAGCAUGUCUUGGAGAGUACAAAAGAAAAACUGCAGCUCUGCACGUCGGCUCGGGCAUAGCGCACGGA